UAGGAAGCCGACGGAUCGUUCAUAGGUCUUUCACGAUUUGGCUCGCGAUAAGUGUGUUUCAUCAAAAGUUUUACAUUCGAUGUGCAAAUUCGAUACGUCCAAUAUGAUAACGACUCCUACUGUUCGUUUUAUAUGUGGUAUUACCGGACAUACGAUACUGUUUAACGAAAUUCCAGUUCUAACCUCAUAGUUGGGAAAAUUUAUGCCUUAGGAUAUGAAAACAAUGCACGAAUGACUGUUACCUAUGUAUGUAUGAAGUCCUAAGGAUUCUAUUAAAAAAAGCAUAAUAUUGCUACUACUUAGUUGAGAAAAUUAAUCGGAAAAAGAAAAUUUAACGGCCGCUAGAUAUCAAAACAUCAUAGAGAUACCAAAAGUUUGAUGUUGAUGGAAAUAUCGUCAGUAUAAAUUAAAGCAAAACGUUUAGAUUUAUACAAUCUGUUAAAAUGAUCUCUCAAUUAUCGCAUGUUAUGACACUUGCAAACAGCAUUAUCGGAGUAAGUGUUCUUGCAAUGCCAUUUUGUUUCAAGCAAUGUGGCAUCAUAUUGGCUACUUUGGUUUUAUUAGUAAGUAGCGUUUUGUCUCGACUUGCUUGUCACUUUCUUGUCAAGUCGGCUGUAAUGUCAAGAAGACGAAAUUUCGAGCUUUUGGCUUUUCAUGCGUUUGGUCAUAUGGGAAAAUUCUUAGUGGAACUGUUCAUCAUUGGUUUUCUUGUGGGAACGUGUAUUGCAUUUUUUGUUGUUAUGGGCGAUGUGGGACCACAAAUUGUAGGGAAAGUGGUAGAUAAAAAUCCAGAGGAUAUCAGAACUAGUUUGCUCAUAACGACAAGCAUUUUUAUAGUUUUACCAUUGGGAUUGCUACGAAACAUUGACAGCUUAUCUAGUCUUUGUACAGCGACGAUUAUCUUUUACGUUUGUCUUGUAUUAAAGAUAAUGACAGAAUCUAUACAACACAUUUUUUCUGGGGAUUGGCAUGAACAUGUAUAUUACUGGAGAUCAUCUGGUAUAUUACAGUGUAUACCUAUCUUUUCUAUGGCUUUAUUUUGUCAAACACAAUUGUUUGAAAUAUAUGAAACAAUUCCUAAUGUGUCAUUAGAAAAAAUGAAUGAUGUGGUACGAGGUGCAUUAAAUAUAUGUACUGUCGUAUAUCUGUGUGUUGGAUUUUUUGGUUACAUUGCAUUUUGCACACAACCUUUUACAGGCAAUAUACUAAUGAGCUUUGAACCUAGCUUAUCAUCAGAAAUGAUCAAAAUGGGAUUUGUGUUUUCUAUUGCAUUUAGUUUUCCUCUAGUCAUUUUUCCAUGUCGUGCAAGUUUGAACUCUCUUUUAUUUCGCAGGGUACACACUCAUGAACCAUCUAUAAGUUAUUUACCAGAGACAAGAUUUAGGUGUCUUACUAUUGCAAUUGUGGCUGUUUCUUUGAUUGCUGGAAUUUUAAUACCAAAUAUCGAAUUUGUCCUUGGGUUAGUGGGAUCUACAAUUGGAGUAAUGAUAUGCCUAAUAUUUCCAGCAAUAUUUUUCAUAUCCAUUAGUAACAAACAUACUAAUGAGAAAUUAUUGGCACAAAUAAUUUUAUUCACUGGUAUCUGCAUUAUGAUUUUGAGCACAUAUGCAAAUUUAUAUGCAUUAGAAGAAUCCAGUAAUACAAAAGCAUUAGCAACAACAAAUAAACCCCUGAAUCAAGUUAACAAUUUACCAUUAAAUCUGAAUAAAAAUGACAUCAAUGCAAUAGUAAACAUUCCCAUUAAUCCUGAAAUUCUUCCAGAUAUUAAAGAGAAAAUAAAUCAGAUAUCGGACCUAAAUAUUCUUGACAAAUCAAUGAACCAAAAAGCAAACGACGUGCGUCAGGAACCACCGAUUCCCGUAGAGCGCAUAAUCGUUGCAAAGAAAUCGGCAGUAGAAACGCAAAAGUCUGUCGAAAAUAUAGUUGUUACAGUUCCCCCAAUGAUCAGAAAUGCUGUAGAGGAGAUGAAAUCAUUGAAUGAAGAUUUUCAUAAAGAAUCGGAGACUAUAAUGAAAAAUGAAGUCGAGAAGGUAGUAGAAUCUAUUACAGCAAAAGCAAAGGAAGAAAAUAAUGUUGGAGAAUUAAAAGAAGAUUUUGUAGAUACACAAAUAAAUGACAAUCUUAUAAACUCUGAUGCAAUUAAGAAAGAAGAAAUAGAGCUAGCUGCUGAUGCAGAAGCUGCCAAUAUAAUAGCUGCAGAAAAACACGAGAAGCAUAGACAGACUUUGGAGAAACAUAAAGAAGAAGAACUGCAAAUGAUACAAGAACGAAAAGAAAUAUUAAAAGAUAUUAAAGAACAAGAACAAGAAAUUGAAAAACGGAAACAAUUGAUUAUGAAGGAGACACAAGAGCUUAAAGAAAAUGAGAAAGAAUUAAAAACUCUUAAUCAAAUGUCCCUUUUAGAAGUGAAGCGUAAUUUUACGAACUUAAGUGUUAAUGAUAAUGAAAAAUCUUUAAAUAAAAUAAAAGAAAAUAACGAUGAAAAAGCUUUUAAUGCAAACUCUGGACUCUUGAAUGAACAGCCUAAAAAUGUAAAUGUUGGUGACAAAGUUAAGCAGUCAGAGACUAUAGAAGGAUCUAAUAUUCUUUCUAAAAAUGGAAAUGUAAACAAUGAUUUAAGUAUUCAAAAUAAAAAUCCUGCCGUGAUAGAUGUAAACAAUAAGAUGUUAAAUAACAAACUUAUUGAGGAAGAAAAAAUCCAGGAAGCAAAAGUAAAACCUAGUAAUUCGAAUGAAUUACCAAAAGGCCCUAUCUUAAAUGCUUUGACAAAACAUGGAUUGCAAAAGUUCAUUGCUACUGAUGAAUUGGUAAAUAAUAAUGAGGACGAUAAAAUCCUCUCUAAAAAUAAUAACAACGGCGCUAAUACUAUUAAUUCUAACUUACAAAGGGAUUCGAAAACUAAGGAUCAACAAGUACAGCAGAAAUAUUCUUUACCCAUUGCGUUGAAAAUGCGAACUCAAACGAAAACAGAUAGCGGAUCUAUUUUAUUACCAAAUAAGUCCGACGAAAAUAUUCAAGCAAUCCGUAGAGAUAUUUUGGAGAACCAUGAACGUGAUAAACGAGAGAUCAACGUGAAUGUAGAAGAAACAAAUACCAAAGUUACGAGUGAUACUUCCGAUAAAAACACUGAAUACUUAAUAAAAAAUUCUACCUUGAAAGAUGACCGUGAAAAGUGUUCGAAACAGGAUGAAAAUAUGGACGGAGGCAUAGCCGGUAAAUCAACGGAAGGAUUGGCGAAAAAUCCUUCUAAAAGCAAUUUGGUCGAAGCGUCGUUGAUUAAAACCAAUAUAUUUUUGUCGCAACAGGAAAUCGCGGAUGCGAUUUCAGUAGAUCCAAAUAUUGAUAUAAGAGGAGAGUAUGUGAAAUUAAAACAACGGGAAUUAAAGUCCGUGGAUACCGACGAGGAUUGUAAUAUUUGAAUUUCUGGCGACCUGAUUAGAAAUAGUACAUAUGACAUAAUAUAUGUAUGAAAACUUUAUUUUAUGUAUAAAAAAAAUUAAAAUUAUUUCUUUGUUAGUGUUCCUUUCGAUUAUACUCGUAUAAGUUACAUGUGUACAUACAAUAGACGAAUGAUUUUAAGUCUAAUGAAUACUAUUUAUGUUGCACAGUUGCGCUACAUAUCGUUAUACAUAUCGCUAUCAGUUUACGUCAUAAUUAU